AUGUCAAACCGACAAAUUGUCUUGUGCUUCGAUGGCACAGGAAAUACCUUCCGCACGGAUGGCACGGACACCAACGUCCUGAAAAUCUGUCGCAUGUUAGAAAAGUCCGACGAGCAACCGGGAAUAGGCACUGAAAUAACUCCGGGCUCCCUGGCCAGCACGACGAUCCAAAAGAGAGGGAAAUUAGACAAUAGCAAAGUGCUAAAUCUCGCACUGGGUCGUUCCUUCGAUCGACACGUUCUGGGCGGGUACCGGUUCCUUAUGCGGCACUACCAAGCCGGCGCCAAGGUGUACAUUUUCGGCUUCUCGCGUGGCGCAUACACGGCCCGGUUCUUGAAUGAGAUGCUUGACUAUGUCGGGCUUCUCGGCCCGGAUAAUGAAGAAGUGGUGCCGUUUAUCUGGGAUGCGUUUGUGUCGUGGAAGCUUGGCCGGACGGAUAACAACAGAGAAGAGAAGCGAAAGGCCUUUCGAGUGAUGAAAGACAGUCGAGAAAUAUUGUCGCGGCCUAUGGCUCGUGUACACUUCUUGGGCAUGUUCGAUGCGGUCAAUAGUAUCGCAGACUUUGAAGUUAAUGUUGACGGGAGCCCCUCGAGCAAGGUAGUUCGACAUGCGGUUAGCAUUGAUGAACGACGCAUCAAGUUCCGGCCAGUUUUGCUGCGGUCGCAUAAAGAUAAAUGGGUUCGGAAAACGUCAUCAGAUGAAAAGACGCUUGCGAAAGAGACCUCAACCAAUGACUUCGAACGCACAUCUGGACCUCCAAUUCUGCCAGAAAUCCCAAACAUCAGCCCAACAAGCAUGAAGCGAGAGAUUGAAUCGGAUAAUGAUGACGAUGACGAUGACAUGCAGGACAUCGAAGAAAUGUGGUUCCCUGGCGGACACGCAGAUAUUGGCGGAGGAUGGAAUCUCGGAUCUAGCGAGACAUGGCCAUUAACACAUGCGCCUCUCGUGUGGAUGGUUCAAGAAGCGCGGCGCGCGGGACUACGACUUAACCCAUACAAGCUGAAACAGCACGAGUGCAUCGAGGAAUCCGAUGGUGAUUUUAAUUUGGGAGACACCUCGAACCCGAAGAAGAACGUCCCCAGCCUGGAAUUACCGGCAGCCCACAAAGAUUACUUGGAGGCGCUUCACCUGGCUGGUACCCAAGGGCAUAUCCAUGAUCUCCUUGCGUACGGUAACGAUCUCCCGCUGACUUCCGUCCUCUCGUGGCGUUUGAUGGAGUACCUCCCCCUGCGACGGAUGGAAUUGCAGGCUGAUGGAAUGUUGAAGGCUGUGCGGUGGCCGCCACCGCGUGGCCAGACUCGUGAUAUCCCUGCGACUGCCCAAAUUCAUGUCUCUGCUAUCGAGCGUAUGAAGUUGGACCCGUCUUACCGUCCUGAUAAUUUGAUUUUUGGCUCGUCGGAGCGGAAGGGGGAUACAGGCAGGGCGGUUGGAAUCGGGAAUUGGGUUGUCCACUCGCAUGAAGGUGAUCCGGUGCGGGAGAGGUAUGUUCGUAGGUAG